AUGGGCUUCAAGGGGCCGGAUCCUGGAUUUACCUCCUCGCACGGGAACCUGGGGGGCGAGACCAGCCGGUACCUCUCGGACCUCUUCACCACCCUGGUGGACCUCAAGUGGCGCUGGAACCUCUUCAUCUUCAUCCUCACCUACACCGUGGCCUGGCUCUUCAUGGCCUCCAUGUGGUGGGUGAUCGCCUACAUGCGGGGCGACCUCAACAAGGCGCACGACGACAGCUACACCCCCUCCCGCCAGACCCCGGAGGGCGAAUUCCUCCCGCUCGAUCAGCUGGAGCUGGACGUGGGCUUCAGCACGGGGGCCGACCAGCUUUUCCUCGUGUCCCCGCUCACCAUCUGCCACGUGAUCGACGCCAAGAGCCCCUUCUACGACCUCUCCCAGCGCAGCAUGCAGACGGAGCAGUUCGAGAUUGUCGUCAUCCUGGAGGGCAUCGUGGAAACGACGGGGAUGACGUGCCAAGCCAGGACAUCCUACACCGAGGACGAGGUGCUCUGGGGUCAUCGUUUCUUCCCCGUUAUCUCCUUGGAAGAGGGGUUCUUUAAGGUCGAUUACUCCCAGUUCCACGCAACAUUUGAGGUCCCCACCCCACCGUACAGCGUGAAGGAGCAGGAGGAGAUGCUGCUCAUGUCAUCUCCCUUGAUAGCGCCUGCUGUGAGCAACAGCAAGGAGAGGAAUAACUCGGUGGAGUGCCUGGAUGGUCUCGACGAAGUCGGCACAAAACUACCCUCCAAACUGCAGAAAAUAACCGGGAGGGAAGACUUCCCCAAAAAACUCCUCAGGAUGAGUUCCACCACCUCUGAGAAGGCCUACAGCCUGGGGGAUUUACCCAUGAAACUCCAGCGGAUCAGCUCGGUCCCCGGGAACUCGGAGGAGAAACUGGUGUCUAAAACCACAAAGAUGAUGUCGGAUCCCAUCAGCCAGUCGGUGGCCGACCUGCCGCCCAAGCUGCAGAAGCUGUCAGGCGGCGGCCGGAUGGAAGGGAACCUUCCACCCAAACUGCGAAAAAUGAAUUCGGAUCGGUUUACAUAA